AUGACCGAACUCCACACGAACACAAUGUACCCCUCCAUCCAAGCGCAGUUUUUACGUCCAAAAUGGCAAUCAUUCUUGACAACCCGAUUGUUAAGAGCUAAGAAUAUUCCGCAGUAUCUCGAUUCAACUCCAGUCUCCGACUGUUCACGUGAGCUUCUUGAAAGUGAUAAUCCUUCUGAUUUCAUUGCUGGACUUAUCAUUCGAAUAUCACUAUCACCAAAUAUGGACUUAGCAGAAGUCCACGUCGAUAGCAGUCGUGUAACCUUAGCAAGAUUACACAAUGCCAUACGAGGUCGGGCAGGGUUGGAGGUCGAAAGAGAAAUUGUUGCAAUUCUCGGAUACCUUAUUUCUGUUGCUAUUGAGGUGUCGCCGGCUAUAGCUCCGGCAGAGCUGAUGGAGCUAGCUGAGGCCUGCCAACGUGAGGCUUAUAUACCACAGGUGUCAGGCCACCUUGACUUCCUGCGGGCCUAUGCGUUGUGGAGAUGCAGGGGUGAAAGACAUGAGGUAGCAUACAGCUUGCUUCUUCCUUCGUUCAUAUCAACACCUUUUUUCUUGGCAGACAUUUCGAUUCUCGCAACGAUGGCUAUUCCCUCCAUCCAAAGGGACAAUAUACUGCGAAUGUGGCCCAUUGUCCAUUCUAUCUCUUCCAACUUGAAAAUUCUCACUGCGGAUUGGCUUUGGAUGAUAGGACCUAUUUCAUGGGGCAUUCACUCACUCUAUGGACUGUUGUACCAAAUGGACCAACAGGUAUCUUCACCCUAUAUUUCUGCGUACUUAGACAACUUCUGUGCAACAUUCCAGAGAUUUUGCACCGACUUACACGGCAUGGCGUUUGGAGCCUGUACUUCUAUUGAUACCUACUGUGCUGAAGACAAGCAACUGCAGAGUCUAACGUUGGAGACUGCCCGUGUUGUGUGGCCGUCUCUGGAGAUGUUGAGAACUCAUAUUUUUGGUCUCAUAUAUCAUUCCUACCAAGGUCACAGAGAGUGCCGAGCUUUAGGCGAUAGCUUGGCUGAAAGUACCGUGGAUCCUCAACUGUUGCAAAAGUCUGUUCCUAGCAAUGAUUCUGCAGAAACCGAGAACAAAAUCUCUGCAGCGACUAGCUUCAGUCGUGAGGAACUCCGGGUCAUAAUAUCAUAUUGGGUUGACUGGAUUUAUCAUCAGAGGAGUCGGUCAAUAAUAAGAGGGAAGCCGGAGUUCUGGCCACAGAAUGUGCGGUAUAACCGAUCUAGCAAGUUAAGAAAGGCAGAGGCAAAACUCGUGUUCAAUCACUUUCUUCAAACUCAACCUUUAGAAGGUCUGCGAUCGAUUCUGAAUGUUGAAUCAAGCAGAAUAUCAAGUGAUCUCGCCAACAAAUUGGCCGGCUUCAUUGAUUCGCAGGAGUUCAAAAUGCUUGAAUGUCAGCGAAACAUGCCUGGAGAUUCUUGUGUUUGA